AACUCAGCUAAAUAUAGAAGAAAAUAUAAAUUCUGUUGAGAUAAAGUAUAUAGUUAGCGAAAUGUGUCCACCUAUAAAAAUUCAUAAUGAUGUUGGGGUAAAGGUUUUUCUAGAUCUGAUGAGGGUGAAUUUGGAUUUAUUUACAAAAUAUCCAUCAUGCAUCACUUUGAAAGAUUGUGAGCAGUAUAACGAAUGUAAUAGAGUUAUAGUUAAUGAUAGAAUAAAUUCUGAUGUUAGAUUAUCACAGACUAACAUAGAUCUAUACUCCAACAAUUCUAUCAGUUUGAUCGGAAUGGAUUUAGACGGAGUUGUCAAUGAUAAUAGUGAAGUAGAUAAUGAUAUAAUAUGUGAUCAUUCUAACCUAUUUGUAGCUGAUAAUCAGAUUUAUAAUAAUAAAGAAACCCUUAAGGAGGUUAUGAGGCAUGUUGGACUUGUUGAGAAGUUCAGCUUUCGGGUUGCACGUUGUAAUGCAUCUAAUUAUCACCUGAAUUGUAUUUCUAAGACUUGUUCUUGGAUGAUGAGGGCAUCUAGUUUGAAUAAAUCGAGUUUAUUCAAAGUUAGGAAGUAUAUUGCUCAGCACACAUGUUCUGUUAGAGAAAGAGUUUAUGCCAGACGUCAAGGGAUAACUGACGUUGUAUCUUUCUUGAUAAUGGAGAUGUAUAUUGAUCCAUCUAAGGUAUAUACUCCAAAAGAUGUAGCUGAUGAUAUGUUGAAAUUGCAUGGCGUUUCGUUGACAUACAUACAGGGAUGGAGAGCUAAAGAAAAAGCAGUAAAGUUGGUGCGAGGAGAUCCAGCAGAAUCUUAUGCAAGAUUACCUGGUUAUUUUUACAUUUUGGAGCAAACAUAUCCAGGAUCUGUUUUGAAAAUAAAAAGGAAUGAAGGUGAUACAUUUUUAUAUGCAUUUGUUGCGUUAGAAGCUUGUAUUAGGGGUUGGGAAUAUUGUAGGCCAAUUGUAGUUGUUGAUGAUGCGGCAUUAAAAUGUUCAUAUGGCGGUACAAUGUUAACUGCAAGCACAUUGGAUCCGGGAGGUAAAUUAUUAGCCUAUUUAAUUUUCUAA